AUGGUUCCCACCAAUAUUGUGAUCAUUGGAGCUUCCACCGUGGGCCUUACUGCAGCUCACGAGUUGCUGCGCGAUGCCCGUAACUUGAACGCUAAGGUCACCCUUAUCAAUCCUUCGGCGACCUUUUAUUGGAACAUUGCUGCUCCCCGUAUCGUUGCCAAGCCAAACGCUUUCCGAGCCGACGAGUACCUCCUUCCCAUCAAGGAAGCUUUUGCCCAAUAUGCGGCGGAUUCAUUUGAAUUCAUCCUUGGGACUGCGACUGACAUUGAUACAUCCUCUAACACCGUAUCCGUAACCCCCAAUGAGGGGGAAGACAUGUCGCUGCCAUACGACCACCUCCUGAUCGGCUCGGGUGCCACCACUCCUGCCACCACUGGUCAAGUCACCGGUUCCUCUAUUCCGUUCAAACACUCUGGACGUGACGAUUUGAAGGAGGUUAUCGAGGCAGCUCAGAAGCUUACCACAAGUGCCAAGAGCAUUGUCAUCGGUGGAGCAGGCCCAGUCGGAGUGGAGUUGGCUGGUGAACUUGCCGAGGCCGCCGCAGAGAACUCCAGUGACGUUUCCAUCACGCUAGUCUCUGCGACAGACCGUGUUCUGCAUACGCUCAAGUCAUCUGCUAGCUCAGCCGCAGAGGGUCAGCUCAAGAAGAAAAAUGUCAACGUGAUUACUUCCACGCGUGUUCUUGGAGUUGAGGCUUCAGGUGACUCCUGGAUUGUCUCCUUAGAUAGCGGUGAGAAGCUCACCACCGAUCUUUACAUCCCGACCACCGGCUUCAUCCCGAACAACAGCUUCAUUCCGGAGCGCUUCCUCGCCACUGAGGGGUGGGUUAGAGUCGAUAAGGAAUUGCGCGUGCUGUCUUCGGAGAGCUCAGGCACCUUGCCGAUUUAUGCGGCGGGCGAUAUCACCACCAACUGGAUGCGACUUAGUUUCAAGGCGGCUGAACAGGCUCGAGUUGCGGCCCACAACAUCAAGGUGGAUAUUCUAGAGAAGGGCGAACGCAAGUCUUAUGAUCAGGGCGAUAGUGUCAUGAUGGUCGUGCCGAUUGGCGAAGCUGGUGGCACUGGGCAGAUCUUUGGUUUCGUUCCGUGGGGCUUCAUGGUCAAGAUGAUCAAGGGCAAGGACUACUUCAUGUCCAAGGCACCAGAUUACCUAGCAGGCAAGGCUUAA